GGGAGAAGGCAAAAAAAAAUCCCCGGAUUGAAAUCACCGCCAUUGGAGAAGAGGAGAGCGGCCGCCGGAGCCCCGAGACAAUCCCCGGCCAUCCUCCGCCUGACAGCCCGUCCGACUCCGCCAUGAGACCGCUCCACAAGCUCUGCCUACUGCUGCUCCUCGCCUGCCCGCUCACCGCGCCCCGAGGGCCCUUUGUAGCUGCAGAUGACCCAACGGAGGAUGAGGAGGGUAUAGAUGAUUCUGUGGUGGAAGAUGAAGAUGAUGAAGCAGAAAUAGAAGAGGAUGAGCCAACAGAUGUUAUGGAAGAUGAAAAGGAUGAAGAGGAGGAAGAAGAGGAAGAUUUGACAUCUGGGGAACCAAAAGCUUCUCCUAAUGCUGACACAACAAUCCUGUUUGUGAAGGGAGAUGAUUUCCCAGCGAACAACAUUGUGAAAUUCUUAGUUGGUUUUACCAACAAGGGCAAUGAGGAAUUUGUUGUGGAAUCCUUGGAUGCCUCAUUUCGCUAUCCUCAAGAUAAUCAGUUCUACAUUCAGAAUUUUACAGCUCUUCAACUGAAUACAGCCGUGCAGUCUCAACGCCAGGCUACAUUUGAGUACUCAUUCAUCCCUGCAGAACCUAUGGGAGGCCGCCCAUUUGGAUUAGUCAUCAACCUCAAUUACAAGGACACCAAUGGCAAUGUGUUCCGUGAUGCAGUUUUCAACCAGACUGUGACGAUCACUGAACGAGAGGAUGGACUAGAUGGAGAAACAAUCUUCAUGUAUGUGUUUCUGACUGGUCUGGGCUUGCUUGUUGUGGUUGGUAUCCACCAGCUCCUAGAAUCUAGAAAGAGAAGGAGACCAGUUUCUAAGGUAGAGAUGGGUACAUCCAACCCCAAUAAUGUUGACAUGAGUUGGAUUCCUCAAGAAACUCUAAAUCAAAUCAUGCAGAGUAGACGAGAUAAAGCUUCCCCAAGGAGGUCGCCCCGUAAGCGAGCAACGAGAACUGUUGGUUCAGACGAGUAACUUUAGUUUUUACCGUCAGUGUUUUAUCCUGUCCAUUUUGUUGAGCCAUGGGGAUAACACAGAAAUGCCAUUUAAAACGUAUCAAAUUGAAAGAGAAAUCAAUGGACUGAGACGCAAAACCAUUCAAGAAUACAUAUUUGUGGACUAAAGAGCUCUUCAGAAAAAUGUGCACUGUUGUAAUUUAGUUUACAAGAGAAUUGUUUGUUUUAAUCAUUUCAACUUGUUUUGGGCUUUUACAACUGGUCUUAAUUCUUGGACAACCUAAAGUGACAUAAUUCCACAGAGAAUGUUUGUUUCCAGCCAUCUAUCUACUUUGUUUGUGGAUAUUUUUAGAAAUGAGAAAUACUCACAAAGAUUCUGAUUGGGUGGCUAAAUGCCUUUUGCUUUCUGAUCUUUAAAGUGGCUGCCUGUUCUGACAUCUUGAUCUGUUUUUGUGGAUCUUGCAUAGACUAUUUCAUGUAAAUGGUUUAGGAUGAUACUUUGUGAUUUUGUUUUUGAUAUAUGCAUACCUGAAGUGAAUGUUGGCUGUGGACAUGUGGGCAUCUUUCUCCCAUUUUCUAAACUCUUGCGAUUCAUUAUUCCUGGACCAGUGAAAGAGUAUUCCUGAACCAUGGAAGAGAAACCAUUGUAAAGACUUUGAUUUUUGCUCCACUGUUACACUAAUCCCAUAACAGUGAAAGGAAUGGAAAUGUAAACGAUUGUAUCUCCCGAAACUAAACAUAGGCUGUUUCUGAUAGUUUUGUAUUCUCACCUAUAUCUGAAUGAGGAUUUUGUAUGGUUUUGUCAAUAACUUGGAAUUCAUGGAGGUUGUUUGGUGAUUCAAGGCUGGAAAUGGCAAACGUAGCUUACAAAUUGAAAACUGUCAGUAAUUACUGCAAAAUAUACUUGAACAAAGUUCACAAAUUUAGAUCUGCAUUAAGAGCUUUUCAACAUCAAAACGAUUAUGGAAAAGAAAUGGCUUUUUUUUAUAUAAGUGGCUAAGAAAACAUUAAAGUAAACAAACUGAGGUACCAUAUACCUUGCUCAUUUAUUUUUCCUGAAGGUUUUUCUUGUUUUCAAUGAGAGAUUCCUUCAUCAAAUGUUGUUGUUUUGCAUUGCAGAGUGACCAGCCAAUGUUUAAUGUUUCUUCUUCCUUAACCCUCCUUCAAUUCCCUCCAUAUUCCACUCCGGGAGUCCCGAGUAGUGUCUUGGCAAAAUAUUUUUUUAAUUUAAUGGAGUGGUGGUGGAAUACGUAUCAUGAAUUGAUACUGGGAUUUGCAGGAUUGUGGUGUGAAUUGUUUUGUGUGGCGAUAAUUUGCCUCAAUCACAUUCUUUUGGGGGUUAAACUACUUGUACUCCUGUGAAUGAUAUGUUUAAGAAUUAAUUUCUAUUUGUUUUUCAUCCUCGAAUGCACAGCAGAUAAUGCUUGCAUUUAUGCUAUAAGCCUGAUCCAGCUACUUAGCAGGAAAAAUGAUUUUAAAAAUAGCAUUACAACUGCACCUCAAUGUGUUUAUGCUUUCAUUCUCAAUACUGCUUUCUUGCCUUCUGGAGCUAACCCCGCCUCCCUUCCUCUAUUGAUUUAUGUUGUUCUUGACAUAAGUUUGUCUUCAUCUAUAUAAAACAAAAACUUCCUGUGA